AUGUGCGAAGUGGAUGUGUACGUGGUGCGAGGAUUCCUUAGCAAACGGAAAAGGAAUGCGACGGAGAGCGUUCUGCAAAAAUUCAGGAAGACGUUUUCGCUGCGCUUCCAGAAGAAAGGGAGCAAGGAGAGCAGCUGCGCCUCGGAUAUAGGUGAGACGUUGUCGGAGAUCCUGGGGGAGCCUUCGGAGGAGGAGGUUUCGCCGCAGCACCAGGUCCUUCAGAGCAACGAGCCCAAAGAGGGCGAGCAAACCGAGCAGAAACACAGGUUCGGUCCGUUGAUUUGGCGUUCGAGCAAGGAGAGGAAGAAGCUGAACAAAGCUGCGAGAAGCAUGAAGUGCAAUUCCGGCGACAGCGGCAUCCAGAUAGAGAUGGCGUCGGGGGUGGUCGGCGGGGGCGGAAGUGUCGGGGGCGGCGUCGGUGGAGGCGGCGGCGGCGACAGUUCCGAGUCGCACGACACGGACCCAACGGGCGAGGAGUUGGAUAGCCCGCCGACUGUCCGGAGAAGGGGUGGCCCACCCCGCGGCACUCGACCACAUUCGGACCUCCUCAAUCAGAUCCUCAUUGAUCGGUUCAAGGCUGAGUUGCGCUCAAGGGCUCACAAACAUCAGCACGUGAGGAGAACGCACUCGGAUUUGGGUGGACAGCGGAUCUACCAGUGGGAUUCGAGGGCGUCCUACAGGCGCCUGAUGUCUUUGCCCGUGGCCCCGCUGAGGGCGCGCCCUCAGAGUCCCCGCAAGAAACCACCUGAUGGCAACGGGCCGCCCGGAGUGCAGCUGCGCAGCCACCCGCUAUAUAGGAGAGGACAGCUGCGGAGGUCGCUCAGUCAGCCCUUAGACAUCGACAAGCUAUCGCCCAUCCUCAGACCCAAAGCACCAGGUUUGAAAAUGACCGGAGUAGCAGUAAGCGAGGACGAGCAGGACGGUCGCGUCGGCACCUCCGACGAAGAGAUGAUGUCCGACUCUGAGUCGUCCGUCGCCUCUUUGACCGAACGCAAGAAGUCGCUGGAGCUGCCCAUGGAUGAGGACAUGGUGAUCCUCGCUGAGGCCGUCUUCGACCACGUCGCCAUCGACGCUGAAGAGUUGGCGUUCCGCGCCGGCGACGUGAUCGAGGUGCUCGAGACGGUGAACAGAGACUGGUGGUGGGGUUCGGCUGCAGGUCGCACCGGAUGGUUCCCCGCCGAUUCGGUGCGAUUGCGCGUGAGCCAGGAGGACACCGUCGAGGAUUGCCUCGCGGCGAUGGCAUCCGGCAAAUCCGCGCAAAGCCAGAUCCGACGAAGGACUAGUAUUUCUUUAUUAUCCAAUGACCAAGUGAGGACUAGUGUUGUGCGCGAGCUGGUGCACACGGAGCGCGAUUUCGUGAAAGUGCUUCAGGACGUCGCCGAAGGAUACAUGGCGGAGUGCAGGAAACGCAAGGACAUGUUCUCCAAGGAGCAGAUCGACACGAUCUUCAUCAAUCUGGAGGAGAUCCUGCGCUUCCAGAUGGCCUUCCUCAAGGACCUCGAAUCGUGCAUCAAUUGGGAGGCGCCGCACAAAAGCUGCAUCGGCAGCUGCUUCAUCAAGCACAAGGCCGGAUUCACUAUGUACUCGGAUUACUGCAACAGUCAUCCGAUGGCCACCGCCACUCUUCAAGAGCUCUACCAGUUCAACAAUUACAGCAAGUUCUUCGAGGCUUGUCGCCUGAUGCGCGGACUCAUCGAGAUUCCGCUCGACGGAUACCUUUUGACGCCCGUCCAGAGGAUCUGCAAGUAUCCACUGCAACUUGCCGAGUUGCUCAAGUACACCAAAUCCGAGCACGACGAUUACGAGGACAUCACCGAAGCCUUGGACGCGAUGCGUGGCGUCGCCGUACUCAUCAACGAGCGCAAGAGACGCAUGGAAAGUCUAGAGAAGAUCGAGGCUUGGCAGCAAAGAGUCGAAGGAUGGGAGGGUGAUGAUUUGAUUGAAGAAAGUACACAGCUGAUCCAUCAAGGAGAGGUGGUUCGUGUGACGACGGGUAUUUGGACUUCCAACAUAAUUCUCUUCCUCUUCGACCAUCAACUCGUCUACUGCAAGAAGGACAUCCUGAAACGCAGCACCUACGUCUACAAGGGUCGCAUCUGUUUGGACACUAGCGAAUUAAUCAAUGUACCGGACGGAAAAGAUCCUCAUCUAGGCGUGACAGUGAGACACGCGAUAAAGCUGUACAGCUGCGUCCGAGAUAAAUGGCUUCUGGUGUGCUGCAGAUCGGCAAACGAUAAGCAGCGAUGGCUUCAGGCCUUCGCCGAUGAACGAAAAUUGGUGGCUCAGGAUAAGAACGAUGGAUUGGAUUUUGCGGCGUCCUCCAGACACCUGGCGAAAAUUGCGGCGAGGUGUCAAAGGCGACCACCAAGAAAAGUCAGAAGUGAUAAAAACUAUAAGAGGGAUGCUUCGUAUAUGGGUUCGACGCUGCAGCUGAACAGCUCGAAUUCGAACAGUCUGGGCAGAAGAGUGGGCACCUGGUUCACAUUCGGAGGCAACAAGAAGACGCGCCACAGGGACGUUUCCUGAGACAAGACGACGUUGCUGUAGUGCAUUGUGCCAGUGUGAUACUAAGCUUAGAAGUAAAUUAUUUAUAUAAAUCCAGUGCCAAAAACAAAAAAAAUAAUAAUGGAAAAAGACAAGAUUAUUAAAGCAACAACAAAAUGGAGAAGAACUAAAGGAUUGAAUGGGAUAACGAAGAGUUUGAAGCCUCUGUUUCUCCCACGAUGCACGUGCAGCGACCCGAAUAAUCUUUAUAUAUUGUACAUAAACAUUCAUCGUAGAUUGUUGAAUAUCUCUCUUCUCUAUAUAUAUAUAGCAAAAUUUGGCGCUGCGCAAGAAUCCUCGGAAGUUUUGGGAUCUUCUCCGUAGGCCUAAACAAGCUGCCGCGAACCUAGGACACUCGCAUAUAUAUAUAUUAUCAUUCAGUAUUCAGAAUCUCACUUGAACAGAUAAGGUGGACUGAAGAUUGUUUUUUUUUGUUUCUUUCAUCUGUAUAAAAAGAAAAGUUUCACCUUUCCUCGCGGAGAGAAAAGCGCACAAAGCGUCUACAAAAUGCAAUACAAGAAGAUGAUAUAAGUAAUACAAUAAUGUGAUAAGAAGCAAACUUUCGUAUCCUUUCGACCAAGGUUUCUUUAUUAAACACCUUUCCUUCUCUUUAAUCUUUAAAAUCUUAAAUCUCUCCUAAAGAAAAAAAUUAUUGGCGCGACGAUGCCGGCAUGAAGCCGAAGACGAAGAGUGUGCCCUUUUUCAACAGGGUAGUAGACGCACGGCACACUCUUCAAAACAAAAGUGAAGAAUAAAAAAAAUUGAACAACAAGAACAAAGGCAGAAACAAGAACGAAUACAAAUAUAUAUAUAUAAAUAUAAUAAAUAUACAUAUUUAUUUCCACUUUCCAAACUUGAGUUGGAAACUGUUAAAUCUUAUUUUCUCUAUCCCCGAGACGACGCACUCUAUGCAAAAAAAACGCGCAUAGAUUAAUAAAGUGCGGUUAAGUUCGUAGGGAAUAUCACUAGUCAGUAUUUAUUAUUAUUAUAAUUACGUAAUUUCUUAAUUUUAUUGUAUGUCUAUUGUUUUGUCAUCAACGAGCGCGAUGUAAACAAAAUCGGAGCCCUCUUUCGGACCAAAUCGAAAACAACCAAAAAAAAAAUUGAAAACAAAGCUUCUUGAUGUUGUCACAUCAUUACCAUUCGCUUUUAAGUUCGAAUUUCUUUAACGUUUCGGUAGUAGCAAUAACUGCACAAAAUUUACGUAUAUAUAAAAAUUAACUA